AUGGAAAAUACGAUUUUAGCAAAUCAAAGCGCACACUGGUGCGUGUCACACAACGUCGCGUCGACCGGUCCUAGUAAUGUACAACAACCUCCCAACUCACCGAAGAAGCCAGCUGAAUCCAGACCCAGCUUUCGCCCUCGCACGGCAGCUUCAGCGUCUUCGGAACCUUCUCCACAACACCCAGUGUUACUUCUGUUUCUGCCAACCCUGCUUUUAAUGGGCAUUAUACUGUUGUACAAGACAUACCAGUGCGAUACCACCUCUAGUGAAGUGACUGCCACCACUAGGGCUUUAACUAUGAUUCACUUCAGCGUCUCUUACAUACUGGGUGUCCAGCAAGAGUAG